GAAACUCCCGUCCCCAGAAUCAGAUCGACUCCUCCAAAAGCUGCACAUGCCUCUUCGCCAAUCUUGACUACCUACCUAAAACACCCCAUCAAUACCACCACCUCCUUGGACCAACAAUCCAACAACCAACCAUCAGAGUUUCGAGAAUACAAAAAUAGUUGCCUCAUCAAGAUAUGAGUCGCGCCGGCAAGAUUGCCCCCGAGCAGCUCCCAAUUUUGUUCGUCAAGAAUCUAAACUACGAAGUAUCCUCUGACGCGCUUUGGAAACUCUUCGAUCCCGGCGAGGACGGACUCAUCCGUCAAAUUCGACAGGGAAUUUCAGUCGAGGCGAAGGGAACCGCCUAUGUUGUCUUCUGGAACGUCAUGGAUGCGAAGAACGCUCUCGAGAAGCUAAAUGGCUACAACUUUCAGAACCGAUAUCUUGUCGUUCUAUGGCAUCAACCAGAGAAGACCCUCAAGUCAAAAGACGACCUGCAGGCUCGCAAGGAAAAUUUAGCGCAGCUCAAGAUGAAGCAUGGAAUCGAUUGACAAUUAGACGGGCCUGCAGACAGGCUCCAGACCCGUGCCCGUGCUCCGUCUGCAGUCCCGUCUUCUCCAGCUUCUACUACAUCUAGCUCGAGCUUUACCUCCUCCACUACGACGUCGAUCAAGAAGGAGCCGACAUCGGUGGCGAAGGACAAGAAGAGUAGGCCAGACGACGUCGCCCGACAUGCACGAAAGAUCGCGUUGAACUUCGUGCGGGGCAUCCUUCCACAGAAAUCGAAUAAGCUAUGCAUGACUUAAACGUAUCGUACAGAUGAUCAAAUUAUCUGCGCGGAUGUCCGGGCAUUCGGUCAUGGCAUACAAUAAUUCGCGAACGCGCAGUGUUAGCUUUUUGCUAGACGUGCCACCCCUUUAAAUUGCAAGUCGCUCAUUAGCAACACCUACGGAACGCGGUGGACGUUGGUCAGAUUGAUUCAUGGUUAUUCGAUGGUUUUACGGCAUACUUCUUAUGCCACAUAGUUAUUUGGCGUUGUGAUUGCGUGGAAGAAUAUGUCAUUUAUUCACAGGGUUUCGAGGCUUUUCCACUCCUAUUUGAGAAUGCAGAAGACCUCAGGAAUUGAUUUUCCUAAGAGCGUGUCUUAAUCCUAGUUUAAUGCAUUCGUACGUAGACCUUUUCAACGUGAAGUUAUAAUCACAACCUGCUCUCGUGACCAUUAUAGAUAAAACCUG